AUGAUCUUCUCUUUAAAUUAUACGUCUAUCUUGAUUCUCUUUGGACUUUUCUUUCUUUUUCUUUCUUCUAUUUCUUUAUUUUUCAUCCUAAUUCGUUCUAUCAGCCCCGUCUUCUAUUUUCUUGCUUCUUUGCUUCCUUUAUUUUUUUUUUCCCUAUGUUCAUUAUUUCAUUCAUCUUCCGUUUUUGUCUUUUUCUUUCUUUCAGUCUUUAUUUUUCUUUGUUAUUCCCUCUGUUCUUUCUUUCUAUUUUUCCAUCCUUCCAUUUUUUUUAACCCUUCUAUAUUUUUCUUCGUGCAUUUUCGUCUUCUUUUUCAUCCCUUUUUCCCCUUCCCUAUUAUUUCUUUCUGCUUUCUAAGUGUCUUUUCAAUUCAUUUGUUCGUAUCUUUCCUUUCUUUUCCACGCUUAUUUGCUCCAUUAUUUUCUAAUUUCUGUUUCCUUUUUUUUUCAUGCUUUUCUUCCUUAUUUUCUGCUACAACCCCGUUCUUUCUUUUUUUCUUUUUCAUUCAUCUUUACACUCUCCCUUUUCUUUUCUUUCUUUCUUUCUUUCUUUCUUUCUUUCUUUCUUUCUUUCUUUCCAUACCGUCUACAUUCUUUUUCUUCUUUAUUUCACCAUCUUUCUUUCUUUCUUUCUUUCUUUCUUUCCAUACCGUCUACAUUCUUUUUCUUCUUUAUUUCUUUCUUUUUUUUUUCUUUCUUUCUUUCUUUCUUUCCAUACCGUCUUUUCUUUUUUUCUUCUUUAUUUCUACAUUUUUUCUUUCUUUCUUUCCUUCUUUCUUUCUUUCUUUCUUUCUUUCUUUCUUUCUUUCUUUCUUUCUUGACGUCGUUUUCUUUCUUGUCUGA